AUGACGCCGUAUUUGUGUAUAUUCGCGGUAAUCGCGUUAUGCUCUGCCCAACUUCGAGGAUACAAAGUGCCUGAUGCAAAACUUGAGGCCAUCUACCCUAAAGGAUUGAGAGUAUCCGUACCAGAUGAUGGGUUUUCUCUUUUCGCUUUCCAUGGCAACCUCAAUCAAGAAAUGGACGGGCUAGAGGCUGGCCAAUGGGCUCGUGAUAUCACCAAAGCAAAACAAGGAAGAUGGACAUUCCGAGAUCGUAAUGUUGAACUCAAAAUUGGAGACAAGAUAUACUUUUGGACGUACGUGAUCAAGAAUGGGUUAGGUUACAGACAAGAUGAUGGAGAAUGGACCGUUACAGGGUUUGUAGACGAAGAAGGAAAGCCAGUAGACACAAAGAACCCACCAGCACCUACAUCAUCUACGUCCACUUCUACUGAACGUCCACUCAUUCCUGAUACCUAUCCUGUACCUGACUGUAUGCCAUCAAGAACGCUUGUCCAAGGCAAAAGCAGCGUAUGCCAAGGACAAUUGAUCUUCAGCGAAGAAUUUGAAACUACUAACCUCAAAGAUCUGGCCCGCUGGACACCGGAGGUUAAAUUUCCACAAGAACCGGACUAUCCAUUCAACUUAUACCUACCUGAUAACACAAUAAUGUUCGAAGAUGGUUCACUCGUUCUUUCUCCUAUACUCCUGGAGGAUCAACACCAUGAAGGAUUUGUCAGGGAAUCGCUGGACUUGACGUGGAGAUGUACCGGCAAAGCGGACUCAAGAGAAUGCAAGCAAGAAGCUUCUGGUGCUCAGAUUCUACCACCGGUGAUAACCGCCAAGCUCACCACACGCCACAAGUUUAGUUUCACUUAUGGCAGAAUUGAAGUGAGGGCUAAGCUUCCCGCUGGCAGUUGGAUUUUACCAGAAAUAAAUCUAGAACCUGCAGAUAGUGUAUACGGAUCUCUACGCUACGAAUCCGGAUUAAUGCGAAUAGCCUAUGCAAUGGGAAAUCCUAGUGAGGCCAAAAAGUUGUACGCUGGCCCAAUAAUGUCUGACGCUGAACCAUUCAGGACCAUGUUCUUAAAAGAAUCAAUCGGCAUCGACAAUUGGAACAAUAAUUUUCAUAAUUACACUUUGAUAUGGAGACAAGAUAGAAUAGAAGUAUUUGUAGAUGGCAAUAAAUUUGGCCAAGUUGAUCCAGGGCAAGGCUUCUACGAAACUGGUCGAGAAUUUGCUGUGCCACAUGCCAGCAGCUGGUUGAGAGGAUCUAUCAUGGCACCAUUUGAUCAAAUGUUCUACUUAUCUCUUGGUCUUCGCGUUGGUGGAGUAAAUGACUUCCCAGACGAUCUACCGGGGAAGCCAUGGAAGAAUCGCGGCAGAAAAGCUAUCCUGGACUUCUGGAAUAAAAAGUCAACUUGGUUGCCGUCGUGGUACAAUACUAAUUUGAAAGUUGAUUAUAUCAAAGUAUUUGCAUUGUAA